UGUUACCAGUCGGAGCCAUUUCAAUGUAACUCUCUGUGUCUGUAGCUUGUGUUCUCUUCAAUGAACAUCAAAGCAACGUUUGGUAGUGAAGAGUUUGUGUCUGCCCUGCCUAGUGCCGCUUCUCAGUUCUCUGAUUUGGGAUGUCUCAGACCAGUCUGCAUGGCAAGUGGACCGUCUCCAGCAGCGAUGAGGAUGAAGAUCUUCCCCUUUCGGGGACUGCAACACCCAAAUCCCAUCGGCCAGCCGAAUCCAAUCGUAGUUCCCGCAGGUCUCCUUCUCCGGUACCAGUGCCAGCUCCUCCGGAGGUGAAAGCAGAACGACCCAGAACCCCCGUGUCCCCUCUCACUGUUGGCUCUGAAGCCAGACAGUCCGCAGCGAGGAACCAGAUAAACCCGGUUAAGUUUGAACCCAGCGCAUCACUCGCCGGGAAGCGGAAGAAAGAGGCCUCGGAUGGUUCCAGCUGGGCUCUGUCAGACAGUGAUGAAGAUGACGUAGACGUGAAAAGGAACCGCCAGAGUAGCCCGCCAAAGCGGGAGCCUCCAAACGGCGAGACAAAAAAAAAGCAGAAGGUGGAGAGCGAGCGUCCGCCAAGCCCGCACGGCCGACUGUAUUAUAUCGACGAGCCAGAUGACUUCUUUGAGUCCUCGCUUCCCCGCCUUAAUGACACCUACAGGUUCUACCUCAACAAAGUCACAGGGCUGGACAGGAAGUACAACAGCGGCGCUCUGCACAUCAGAGACAUCCUAUCCCCAUUAUUUGGGACCCUGAAAGAGUCUGUUCAGUUCAACUACUGUUUUGACAUCCCCUGGAUGGUUCAGCAGUUCCCACCAGAGUUCAGGCAUUGCCCGGUCCUGAUCGUCCAUGGGGAUAAAAGGGAGGCCAAGGCACGGCUGCUGCAGCAGGGUCAGCCUUUUCCACAUGUUCGCUUCUGCCAGGCUAAAUUGGACAUUGCUUUUGGAACUCACCACACGAAGAUGAUGCUGCUGUGGUAUGAAGAAGGCUUCAGAGUCAUCAUCCUCACCUCCAACCUCAUCAGAGCUGACUGGUAUCAGAAGACCCAAGGGAUGUGGAUGAGCCCUCUGUUUCCACGGUUACCAGAGGGGAGCAGCUCGGGUUCAGGGGAGUCGCCCACCUUCUUUAAGCGGGACCUGCUGGAGUACCUGGCAUCGUACCGCGCUCCAGAACUGGAAGAUUGGAUCCAACGGAUCAAAGAGCAUGACCUGUCGGAGACGAGAGUUUAUUUGGUCGCCUCCACGCCAGGGAGGUACGUCGGCGCAGACAUGGAGCGCUGGGGCCACCUGAGGCUCAGGAAGCUGUUGUAUGAGCACACAAAUCCAAUUCCCGGUGAGGAACGGUGGCCUGUGAUUGGCCAGUUCUCCAGCAUCGGCUCCAUGGGGAUGGAUAAGACCAAGUGGCUGGCAGGGGAGUUUCAGCGCACUCUGACCACCUUAGGAAAGUCCUCCCUCCGUCCGGACCCUCUCAUGCAUUUGCUGUAUCCGUCAGUAGAAGAUGUGAGGACGAGUUUAGAGGGCUACCCAGCUGGAGGCUCUCUCCCUUACAGCAUCCAGACGGCUCAGAAACAGAUCUGGCUCCACUCAUACUUCCACCGCUGGAAGGCGAGUAGGACUGGGAGGAGUCACGCCAUGCCUCACAUCAAAACAUACAUGAGGGUUUCACCGGAUUUCACUCAGCUCGCCUGGUUCCUCGUCACGAGCGCUAACCUGUCCAAGGCAGCAUGGGGCGCACUGGAGAAGAACAACACUCAGGUGAUGGUGCGUUCGUACGAGCUGGGGGUCCUCUACGUGCCGUCGGCGUUUAACAUGAAGACAUUCCCCGUUGAAACCAAUCCAUUUCCUGCCUCCUCCUCUACGUCUGGUUUCCCGGUACCCUUUGACCUCCCGCCUACAAGCUACUCCCCAAAAGACCAGCCGUGGAUCUGGAACAUCCCAUACAGCCAGGAACCGGACACUCACGGAAACGUCUGGGUUCCCUCUUAGAAACACGUCUGUCUUCGUUUGUACCUGUUAGUCCUCUCUGUAGCUAUUAGUUGAAAUUAACCUAUUUUUAUACUCUGCUGUAGACUCCCAUUUUCAAUAAAUAAGUCAAGUGCUG